UUUCGUGCUGCUACAUGCUCCGAACAAUGACCAGCGACGCCCAUCAACUCGCCCAGCGCUUCCUCGCCUUUGUGAAUGCGAGCCCAUCUCCAUUCCAUGCCGUCGAGGAGUGCCGCCGCACACUGCUCGCAUCGUCGUUCAUUGAGCUCAAGGAGAAGGAAGCAUGGUCGCUGAAGCCCGACAGCAAGUACUUUUUCACGCGCAACCGGUCGACGCUGAUCGCAUUCACGGUCGGCGGCAAGUUUGUGCCUGGAACCAAAAGCGGAUUUUCGAUUGUCGGUGCGCACACGGACAGCCCGUGCCUGCGUGUCAAGCCCGUGAGCGAGCUGUCCAAGGCCGGCUAUGUGUCGCUGGGUGUCGAAUGCUACGGCGGUGGUCUGUGGCACACCUGGUUUGAUCGCGACCUGACUGUCGCCGGUCGUGCGAUUGUCCGCGCCGUUGACGGCCAGCUGCAGCACCGUCUCGUGCACAUCAAGCGCCCGAUUCUGCGUGUGCCGACCCUCGCCAUUCACCUCAACCGCGAGGUCAACUCGGACGGCUUCAAGUUCAACACUGAGACGCAGCUCGUCCCGAUGCUCGCCACCGCCGUCAAGUCCCGUCUCGAAAAGACCAAGGGCGACGACGGCAAGCGCAGGGCCGGGGUCGAAGGCAAGCACCACUCGACCUUCCUCAAGCUGCUGAGCGAGGAGCUCGAGUGCUCGGUCGACACCAUUGUCGACUUUGAGCUGUGCCUCGCCGACACCCAGCCCUCCGCCAUUGGCGGCCUGGAGAACGAGUUUAUCUUUUCGCCUCGUCUGGACAACCUGAUGAGCACCUUCUGCGCGCUCGAGGCCCUUGUGACGAGCUCCAACGCUCCCGGCUCGCUGGCUUCGGACACGAGCGCCCGCAUCAUCUCGCUGUUCGACCACGAGGAGAUUGGCUCCCGCAGUGCCCAGGGCGCCGAUUCGGCCGUCAUGGAGUCCACUCUGCGUCGCAUUGUCUCCAACGUCGAGAGCAACAAGGACCAGCGCGACACUGCCUUCCAGGAAACUGUUGCGCACUCGCUGCUUGUGAGCGCCGACAUGGCGCAUGCUGUUCACCCGAACUAUUCCGACAAGCACGAGGAAAACCACCGCCCGGUCAUCCACGGCGGCCCGGUCAUUAAGAGCAACGCCAACCAGCGCUACGCCACCAACUCGGUCAGCGGCACCGUUAUUCGCGAAAUUGCGCGCAAGCACAACAUUCCCGUGCAGGAGUUUGUGGUGCGCAACGACAGCGCCUGCGGCUCCACCAUUGGCCCCAUCGUUGCUGGCAAUCUCGGCAUGCGCACCAUUGACAUUGGCAACCCUCAAUUGAGCAUGCAUUCCAUCCGCGAAACCUGCGGUGUCGACGAUGUCACCUACGCUGUUCAGCUCAUCAAGGCCUUCUUCGAGGACUUCCCUGCCAUGGACGCUCGUCUCGAUGUCGAUUAGUUGACCAGGGCCUUCUCCAAUGGCUUGUACUUCCCGACUCAAACACAAACGCAAAGUGCAUUCAAAGAAUAAAAUUUUCAUUCGGGCAAGUUUCCUCACUUCAUCUCAAACACGAUCGAGAAUCAAAACUAGAAAAUGUC